CCCGGUCCCCCCCCCUUCCCUCCCCACCACCACCACCACCACCACCACCAUCCCUUCCCCGCCUUCCUCCCCUCCCCGCCGCCGCCGGGAUGCUGCCGGGCUCCGUGCCCGGGCGUUGAAACCGCCGCCGGCCGGGGAGCCCCACCGGCAGCCCCCGGUGGGAGCAUCGCGCUGCGGGUCACCUUGCAGGGAGGAAAAUGGGAGCCACUGCCCCAGUGUGACCUGCCUCUGAGGUACAACAAAAUAAAGACCACCCAUCCCACUCCCUCAGACACCUCCCAGUAUGGAUGGCUUGGUUGAGCAGAACAGCGUGCUAAUGCACAAUAAGAUCGCUGAAGCCGGGAAAAGGAAUGGUUUAAUUAAUACAAGGAACUUAGUGGCAGAGAGCCGAGAUGGUCUGGUCUCUGUGUACCCGACCCCCCAGUACCAGACCCACCGAGCGGGCAGCCUUUCCUCUCCGAGCUGCCUAGAGAACGGCAGGAAUGACCCCGUGCAGCAGCUCCUGGACCCCAACAUGCUGCAGCAGACGGUGGAGUCUCACUACCGGCCCAACAUCAUCCUCUACUCGGAGAACGUGCUGCGCUCGUGGGGCGAGAGCAUUGGCUCGGAGUGCUGUGAAACUACCUUCAUCGAGGACCGCUCUCCCACCAAAGAUAGCCUGGAGUACCCGGACAGCAAGUUCAUCGAUCUCUCGGCGGAUGACAUCAAGAUUCACACUCUGUCCUAUGAUGUGGAGGAAGAAGAGGAUUUCCAGGAGCUAGAGAGCGAUUACUCAAGUGACACCGAAAGCGAAGACAAUUUCCUGAUGAUGCCACCAAGAGAUCAUCUCGGCCUCACUGUGUUCUCCAUGCUCUGCUGCUUCUGGCCAUUGGGAAUUGCUGCCUUUUACCUGUCUCAUGAGACAAACAAAGCAGUAGCCAAGGGGGACUUCCACCACGCAAGCUCCAGCUCCCGGCGAGCACUCUUCCUGGCUGUCCUGUCCAUCACAAUCGGAACUGGCAUCUACGUUGGGGUGGCCGUGGCUCUUAUUGCCUAUCUGUCCAAAAACAAUCAUUUAUGAGCCUCAGGAAAGGGGGAGAACCAGCCACCCGGCGCCUGCACUGCAGAAUUCCCCAGCAGAUCAGACUGCAUGAUUUUCCAAAAAGAUCAAGAGACAAACACCUUCUGGGGGCAGGUACAGGAUAAGAUGGGCUUGUGCAUUACUGUAGGGUGGGAAGCUGGCUGGGGUGGGGGUAGUUCCACCAUUUGUGAUGCACAAGUCUUGCUUCUCUUCAUGAACUCCCGUACAAGAAAGAAGGAAAGAAAGAGCGAAAGAGAGAAAGAAAGCAAAAGACAGAAAGAAAAAAGAAAAAAAAAAGAAAAGGAAGGAAGUUGGGGGAGGUCUGGAGAGGGGUGUUUUGCCUUUGCCUUCUUUGCAAUAUGGUGUUUACAAGCAGCUGGCAAACUGAGCUGUUCUCUUAAUACCUUCUUGGUGACCUGAACUUUGCAGCCAGCAUGAGCUUGUGCUUAGUUUGCUUGUUAAGCACGGCACUGAGAUCUGGGAAAGCAUGGACAGUGGCUGGUUCUCUGAAAGAGCAAUAUAACAACAGGAGGAAGAAUAUGUUUUCUUUUUUUUUUGAACGCAGGACUCAUUUGCCUAAGAGUGAAGCAGAGACCUCAGCGUAGAAUGGUAUUGCCUACUCUUCUUGUGUGGGUAGGUUUCCAUGGAGGAGAAAAGGAAAUAAAAAGUAUUUUUUCUUUCCUUUCCUUGUUUUUGGAUUAAGAUGUGACCCACAGGCCCACCCAAUGCAGAACAGCUGAGGUUACUGCAUGACUUGGCUCCGCAGACUGAGCGUGAGGUCGAAGUAGCAUGGGAUCUGUUGUAAAAUUAAUUCCUCCAUCCAGUCACAUUGUGAUAACGGCACAUUCCUGUGGCAUAUUGCUUAUCUGGGUUGCUCCACCUUACCGUGGAGACCUGCAUAGCAGUCAGUGCAAGAAACCUGGGGGAAAAAAUGCAAACUGAAAUACUAAUCAAUUUUAAAUUAAAAAUCGUGGUAAAGCAUGGGAAUUAACCAGGGGAAGGAAUGCUUCAUACAUUUCUGGGGUCCUGCUCAUACACAGAGCAGUGAAGGAGACCACUCAGAUUACAAGCUCACAGCUCAUCCCUGGACCAGGGACACAGCAUAGCAACGGAGAGACAAGCAUGUCCCUCGAUAAGCAGCGCAAUGGUAUGUUGUAAGGGAAUUGAGCGUUGUCCUUAUUUCACUGACUGAAAUGAUACAUUUAUUUUCUUCUUUACUCCUUCCCCACAGUCAAGCUUUUUUUUUUUUUUUUUUUUUGUCUUACAGAUGUACCAUUUCAUCCCACCAAGGGUGUAUCAGCAUAGAUAUAUAUGUAUCUACAUAUAUAUAUACAGAGAGAGAAACUGAUCAAAAUAAUAAGCAUUUUAUUAUUCACUGCAUUGUGGUUUACAAACAUAAUUUCUUUACCCAAGAAUGUCAUCAAAGACCUUUUUUUCCAACUCUGUAUUGUGUGUCAGCUUUGCUCUGGGACAGCUUUUUCUCCUGUUUUGGGGUUGGCAUUAUUUUGGUUUUAAUUUAACUUUUUUUUUAUUUUAGGGGGGAGGAGGACAAACACAUCCAAAACUAUUUUUCUGCUAGUUAUACAGUUUAUUAAAACACAUGGUAUACAGCU